AUGUCCGCAACAGUCCUCAGCUCCGCCGACGAGAAAAGUCCCGUGUAUUUCUGGCGCGAAUACGAUCACCCAUAUGGCUUCCUGUCACAGUGGUACGACUGUGCUUUCGAGCACGAGGGCAUCAGCUACCGAUCAGCGGAGAUGUGGAUGAUGGUGCAGAAAGCGAAGCUCUUUGGGGAUGAGAAGAUAGCACAGCAGAUGGUCGAGGCUCCGAGCCCGAAAGAGCACAAAGCGCUGGGACGGAAGGUCAAGGGGUUUGAGAGGGCUAAGUGGGAUGAGCACAAGAGUCGCAUAGUCGAAGAGGGCAACUGGUGGAAGUUCACCAACAGUAAGGAGAAAGAGCAGCUGAGGAAGCUGCUGCUGGAAACAGGGGACAGGGAGCUCGUAGAAGCAUCACCCUUUGAUCGAAUUUGGGGUGUGGGCUUCGGCGCAAACGACGCUGGAGAGAACAGAGAGAGAUGGGGUGAGAAUCUACUGGGGAAAGCUCUCAUGCGCGUGAGAGAUCGCCUUCGUGAACAGGGAUAG